UGGUAUCAAGGGACUAGUGCCUGUGUCAGUCACAGCAAGGAAAGUCUUGCUGAAAAUCGUCUGCCAGAGACAAAAGCAUCAAUCCUGUUGGUGAAUUUACCCAACCUCAUUUGGUCAAGCUAUGUGUUACUAACGGGAGAGAGGGGGAAAUAUUGUGAGUGAUAAGUUGCAAACGAGAGAUCAAUACGCUGGCCUGACUCAAGCUAGCAAUAUUGAGGCAGCUUGCAAUGUGGCGCUGUGACUCUCAGGUAACAUUGGAAUCGACGAGUGUGAUCGACAGUGAAAUGUAAGAUGCCUGAAUUAUCUACCGGAACGUAUGACAGCGUAAUAGAUGGAUCUAUUUCUGGAUCUCCCGAUAAAGAGGCCGUACAAGACUUGAUUCCCUCUGACGUCAGCCACACUGAAGAGUCGGAGGUCAUUGAUGAAUCUCUCUUCCACACGGAGGGACCUGACCUCACUUUACUUGGGGAUCCCUGCGAGGACCAAGGACUUCGUUAUCCUACAGGACGAGAUGAAGGAUAUGGAUGGGUGGUGGUCUUCGCCUCUUUCCUGGUUAACGCCAUUGUGGCCGGAUACAUGAAAAGCUUUGGAAUAAUGUAUGCCCUAUUAAGGAGAGGUUCCCUGACACCUCCACCACGAAAGCAGGUCUGAUGAUGGGGUUGCUCAGUGGCUGUAGAGGAAUACUAGCGCCAGCUAUUGGAGCAUUCUCCGUGAUGGUCGGUCCUCGAGUUUGCACCAUUACUGGGUCGAUUCUCACUGCAACCGGACUCCUGCUGGCAGUUCCUGGAGUCUCUGCACUGUAUUUGGCCUUCACUAUUGGUGCUCUUGUUGGUAUAGGAGUCUGCAUGUGUGAGACCCCAGGUUGCAUCAUUAUCUCUGAGUACUUUCUGGAAAAGCGGUCGACUGCCAACGGCCUGCGUACUUCUGGGAACGCCUUCGGGGGAGUGGUCAUGCCUUUCUUAGCUGUUUACCUCCUCCAACACCAACCUUAUCAGGGAUACUAUAUUAUCUUCGCAGGCAUUAUGUUGCAAAUGUGCAUCCUCGGCAUGCUGUACAGGUCAUUCGAAACACAUCAGAUGAUAACGACGUUAGGCUUCCAGAGAGGCUUGAGAACCCAAAUGAAUCAGCACAAAAAGGAUUCACCCUUGCUAAAUACUGCCAUUUCAAUGACAGCACCGCCGAAGAGGGAAGAGAAGAAGAAGAAUAAAUUGCUAAACAUGAGCCUACUUAGGAAUCCAGCUUACAUUAUGUACAUCAUUAUGAUAUUGCUGUGCAACAUCGCGAUUCCCAAUGUGCUGAUGUACCUGCCACUCUUUGGCAGGUACAAAAACCUGACCGAGUUUGAAAAUUCGAUUAUUUUAUCCGUGCUGUCGAUUUUAGAUUUUUUCUGCAGGAUGUUCCUUGGAUGGCUCAGCGAUAAGAAGCUGUACUCCAAGCACCAUGCAUUUGUCUUCGGGUUAACCAUGGCUGGAACCAGCCUUAUGAUGCUGCCACUGGCCUACAAUAUGUGGACCGUUCUCGCCAUAUUAUGGAUGCGUUCCUUUGGGAUAGCAAUGUUCUGGGCGCUUAUCCAUGGACUUUUAGCUGACCAGUUCGGCUCAGAAAAUAUGGCAACUUCUUGGGGCUUUGUUCGAAUGACACAGGGCAUCACGAAUUUCUUUUAUGCUCCUCUGCUCGGAGCCGUGGCUGACAGCACUGGCAGCAUGAGUGCUCCUUACUUACUGAUGGGAGCAAUGCAGGUGCUUGGAGCUAUGACUUUCGCCCUACAGCCUCUGGUCAUAAGGGUCACGGGAGCUGAGGUUUGCAUGACGUAAAUAAAAAAAAAAAUCUGGUUCUUGCUUGAAGCUGUCGAUGUUCAAGAAUGUAAUGAAAGUAUUGCCAUUCGCUAUUACACGUUCACGUGUCAGUAAAAUAUUUGUUUUCUUGACUGAAUCAGAGAAUACGAAAUUAACUCAGGUUAAAAUGUUUAUUGUAAUAUCAGAGAAUAGACACAAUCUCUUUCUAUUCGAUGUACAGACAAUAGAAAGUAAAUUAUAACCAAUUUACUAGACUUAACUACUACCUUUGAAAACCAACUUGUACGAUAAUAAAAUAUCACAAUACCUUUAUGUGAUACACGUUGACGUGUCAUAUAAUUUUAAAAUGAUGAAUACUAAGCUAAAAGUAAAAAUUAUGCUUUGAACAAUGAGAGCUGGUUUCACCACGAAGAGAUGUGAAUGCGUGUGUCGUAUACUGCUAACAAUAGGUGGUCAUAAAAUCGCAAAAUUAAUACAAUGCUUUGGGCAAUAAGCUAUUUCUUCGCUUGAAAGAAGCUGUUCUUUCAUUCCUCUUCACGGUUUGUUACCACAAGACAAAAAUAUACAAUAAUGGAGAUAAUGGUUACAUCGGCCUUAAUCAAGAGCGAGAUGGUUCUCUAACAUGCGAUCAUAGCCCGGAAGAUAGCAGAAGAAAAUAUGCAAGGGUUAAUUCAUUAUUUUCUGAAAGACGUCCUAGAAUUAUUCCUAGCUUUAAUUAUGGCCCCUUACCGGAUUUAUUUUCGUCAAUCACGAUCUUUCGUGGCCACACGUCAGAAUCGAACUUCAAUUCAGGUUCUUGGAAUUAUACUUCGUUCUUGCUUGAAAUUCACCUCCUGAGUUUAAAUUGGACACGAAAAUAUUCCUUAGAUUACGAUACCAUUUGACGAUAUAUUUCAUUUCAGAGGUGAUGGGGUAAUGCCAGUGAAUAUUGCUUUCAUUUAUGAUAAGCAGCGCUUCUGGAAAACUUAUACAAGAAUGCUUUAUACUUUACUACACUUAGUAACUUUCUUGAGAUGCAUGGCUUAUUAAUUUUAUAAUCUAUCUAGGACAGUUUAGGACUAUUCCGGUAAUCAUUAUGGUUAAUCCUAACUGAGAUACCAUCAAUUUUGUGGACACAACCACCGUUAUAGAUGAAGUCCAAUAGAAGACGCAGUGCCAACCUAUCCUAAGAAUAUUCACUUUCUAUUGUACGAAUUCACCUAUAUUUAUGUCUGUUCAUUUAACAGCUUACUAACUUGUUUAUUUUUUUUCUGAUAACUGAUAUCAUCUGUCUAUAUUUUCAUAUUAUAAUCGGGAACUUCUUUCAAAUGAACACCAUUUUCUUAGGAAGCUUGUGGGUGUUCCAUAUGAAUAGUGGUUUAUGUGU